GUCGAGGUUUGUUGACGGAUGGCCUGAGGCAUGCGGGGGGCUCGAUGGGCAGUGGCAGAGCCGGGGGCCGCGAGAGCUUGCAUGGGCCGAUCGGCGAUUCCAGAGGCGCGGUACGGUCAUAGAGGUCAUAGAGGGUGCUCCACUCUUUGACGUCACAGACGUUCAUGGCCUACGCCAUCUCGCCAUCUGCCUAUAUAUGUCCAUCCGAGCUGAGAGUAUCCCCCCAUCACACUUGCACACCAUGUCUCCCCCUUCGUCCGUCCCCAAAGAGUACCGACCCGACUACCUGCCUCCCAACGUCACCGGGCAGAUGCAGGAGAACCUCCCUGGCAAGCAAAGGCCUCUCGACCCCGCUCCCUUCAACGACACUCUGGCUGACGGCAGCAAGUACAAGCCUGCUGGUAAGCUUGAAGGAAAGAACACUGUCAUCACCGGCGGCGAUUCUGGUAUCGGGCGCGCCACCGCUAUCCUCUUGUCAGUACCUCUUGAAUGUCGUUGGCUUAGAUCAGAGCUGACUUCGUUAAGUGCUCGAGAAGGAGCCAACGUCUUCAUCCACUACCAUCCGUCAGAAGACCAAGACGCCAAAGAUACCGUCAAGCAGAUUCAGGAGCACGAUCCCAAGGUCAAGGUGGAGGCCGCGGCAGCGGACCUCCGUACGGAGCAGGCGUGUUUGGAGCUCGCUGAAAAGAUCAAGAAGUGGUCAAACGGCCGACUGGAUGUCCUGGUGAACAAUGCCGCAACACAGAACGAGGUGGAGAAUAUUGAACAGCUCGAGUCUGAGCAAUGGAGACAUGUCUUUGACGUCAACAUCCACGCUAUCUUCUAUCUUACAAAGAGCCUCAUUCCUAUUAUCCCUUGGGGCGGGAGUAUCAUCAACAACGCGUCAAUCGUAAGUUGCUACCUCAAUUGUCUAUCUCGAGGUACAAGGACGCUUACCAUCGGGCCACAGAAUCCAUUUGUUGGGCACCCCAAGGCAAGCCAUUCCUGACAUUGCUCGCUCCACCUCUGAGCAUCCACUGAUCUCUUUUCCAGCUGCUCGAUUAUUCAUCCACCAAGGGUGCUAUCGUCGGUUUUUCCAGAGCGCUUAGCAACCAAAUUGUCAAGGAGCGAGGUAUUCGCGUGAACUGCGUCUGUCCAGGACCAGUAUGGACACCUCUUGUGAUUGCCACGAUGGGCGAAGAGUCGUUGUCUGCCUUUGGCCCUACCACGCCUAUCGGAAGGGCAGGUCAGCCCAUCGAGGUUGCGACAGCGUUUGUCUUCCUCGCCAGUCCUGACAGCUCCUACUUUACCGCUCAAUGUUUCCAUGUGAACGGAGGAUCUGCGUACUAAUGUACUAAUCUGAACUGGGGCGUAAAUUUGAAAGAAGUAUGAAGUAUGCAAUCAUGAAUUUGCGAUCCUUG